AUGGGCUUUUUCUCUUCGAGGAGAGCCGAGCUAUCAGAGACUCCCCUUCAUGACGACAAGAGCGUCGUACGGAUCAUUCGCUCUCGAUUUUAUGGCAAGGCAAAAGGCAAAGAGCGCGAUACCGACUCCGAGUCCUAUACUCGGUCACCACAGUCUCUCUCUUCACCUACGCUCUUUCAUUCCGGGGACAGGAAUUCGUUUGUCUCGACCUAUGAUUCGGGAACUGGCGGUCCUUCCCGGAGCACUCAUUGGAACGGUAGUUCCGCCCCCUCCACCCCAUCUUCUCUGUCGAGGCGCGGGGACCAUGUUGGCAACACGCCCACACCCCGCGCCUCCACAGACGCUGUAACGAUGACACUCGCUCAGCGGUUGAAUGAGCUCGCGACGGCGAACUCUGAGGGCCUGCUCAGUGACGAGGAGUAUCGUCUUCUUCGUCAGAAUCUCUUCGAGCGCUUUGCUAGUGGCUCGGCGGUGCCUACAGAGACCCCCCUUGUCCGCAUGUCCGGCAGUCACAUGGCUGGCGACGGAAGAACCUCCUUGCAUGACCGACGUCCAUCUUCUAAUUUUCAAAUUCCAUCCUCACGAACCCACUCAGUCCGCAGUAACAAGUCUUUAGCCUCUACUGUGACCAGCCUAUUACGACGCGCAACCAGCAAACGAGUUAUUUCCAUGUCUCCCAGGGGCGGCGCCGAUGCGAUCAGCGUCUUCUCCAUAUCAUCUUCUAUGGCUUCCUCAGCGGUAGAUGGAGGCAGUUCAUUUCCGCGGACAUUAUCGAAGCACACCAGCGACGGGUCGAUACGCACGAGCAUGCAGCAGUCGCGGCGGCAUGCACUGUCUUCCGAGCACACUCCACACGUCCCGGACAGCGUCACCCCUUCGCGCUCCAGCACUCGGACGAGGCAGCGGUCAGGCUCCUCAGUCCCCCCUUCCUCGUUCCCAGGAGCAGCCGCCGCUGCGCUUGACACGAAGUACACCCAUCUCAGCGACGACAACCUUCCCAGUGAUGACCAGGCCGAGACCGUCAAGGAUAUACGCACCCAAAUUGAGCUUGUAGAGGCGGAGGGCCGGCGGCUCCUUGAUGCCUUCAAUGGGUUGGAGCUGAGCACGCUUACACGCCGCCAGAGACGCCCGCCCGUCAUUCCCCCACUUUCGCUCGGCAAUCCCAUCGAUGUGACAGGCCUGAAUGCAGACCGACGAUCGCUUCGUGCGGGCAAGGACAUUGACUCGCUAUCGUUCAAAUCGAGCGGCUCGAUCCGCACGACGCGGUCCAUGAAACGGUCGCCGUCGAGCCGGAAGAUGCGUACCGCGACAUCCACCGCCACCCUCGUGUCCCAACCGAGUCAUCUGGUGCACAGAGGGUCGAUGUCUUCGAUGUCGUCCCGCAGCAAGGCUGGCGGAAGUGUACUGCAGCCGCAUGUCGGACUCGCGAGCAGUUCUAGCGUAAACUUGGCCCGGAGUACCGGGCAUUUACCGCUGGCGACUGUUGCGGAAACUGAAGGGAAAGCAUCCAAUUCUUCGCGGACGUCUGGGACCGGCAAGAAUUGGUUGGACGCUUCAGCGGACGGCUUGCCAGCCUCUGCGAGCGGGCAGAGUACAGCAGGAAAGGCUACUGGCGCUGAGGAAGACGAGGAGAUCCAGGCGAUGGAGGCGGAGUUGACUGAUAUUCGGAAGCGGCGAGCAGGAGUGACUGCACGGUACGAGGCACGGCUGGAGUAUCUCCGUGCGCGGCUAAAGGGAGCUGAACUCCGCGAGAAGAUCUUGCGGAAAUGA